GGGGAGACGGGAGGCGGCCGGAGUGGGCCCGGCGGCCUUAGAGGCCCUGUCUGUAGCAGGAAAAAAAGGAGAUGCGUUCACGUUUUGAUUCCUCCUCCUGACUUUUUCAGCCGUGUGCCUGCCCGGCCGUGCCCUCAGGUUGCUGCUGACGCCCCGCGGCUUGGCCUUAACUUUUUCUGUAGCUGAAGGCCGCAGCGGUCAGUCGGCACUGCAGGCGCCGGGUUUGAGUGGUACCGCUUCAUACGUGUAAUUAAUAGAUCCUUUGUCUCACCAACAUGCAUGUGAACACAUUUGAAUAUCUCUAGGACUUCUGGACUACUUAAGACCGACUACUUGAGCAACUGUGAUGUCAUCAGAUGAGGAGAAAAGCACAAGUCCAGUUUUGCCAAAAGACUCAGUUUGGGGCAGUUCUGUUUCUUCAGAUGUUCAGGAUGAGUAUGAAGAACUGCUUCGUUAUGUUAUAGUGACUCCAGAGUUUGAACUGUGCAUCCCAAAGCAGUCAGAACCUUCCUCAGAACUGAGAGGAAGGGGCAGAUUUUCAAGUGUAACAGAUGACACCAUUUACCAUACAACUCCAGAUUUAUUGUCAGUGAAGGAGUGUACUGAGAUCAAUAUGGAACAACUUUGCCCUGUUUCAGAAGAGACUUCUUCACAAGAGUCCACACACAUUCCAAGAGAAAUUGGUGAAACCACAGUAACUGAAUUAACUGUACCUGAUGAAAAAGUUACUCAAAUAGAAAAUAUACUUGACCUCUGGAGUGGAAGUCUUAAGACAAAUGUUCUGAGUGAAUUGAGAAAAUGGAAAUUAAGUUUUAUCGAACAUCACAAGCAUCAAAUGAGACAAGAAAAAGAGAAACAUGCUGAACAUGUGAAACAAUUGAAUAAUGAGAUAGAAAACCUGAAAGAGUUGCUGCGUACUUACGAGAUCUCUAUUGGCAGAAAAGAUGAGGUUAUUACUAACAUGACAGAAGCAUUAGAGAGGAAGAAAGAGAAAAUAGAGCUAAUGAGAAGGUUUACACUGUGGCGGAUUCAGCAAAUUAAAGCUAAACAAGAGGAAUAUGCAAACAGAAUAGCAGAUAAACAGUUCCAGACAGCUUUGAAGAAGAAGGUAUGGACAGCAUGGCACUCUCUUAGUGAAGAAAGAUGGAAAGAAAAAGUAGCUAAAGCCUGUCAGUUAAGGGCAGAAGAUAUCUGUGUUCAGCUUACCAAUGAUUAUGAAGCCAAAAUUGCAGAGCUAACUGCUACUUUGGAACAAACCAAAGCUGAGAUUCUGCGUCUGCAUAGUGAAAGAGAGCAGUAUGAAGACACUAUGAAGAAAGCAUUUAUGCGUGGUGUUUGCGCUUUGAAUCUGGAAGCAAUGACUAUGUUUCAAGGCAAGGACAAUAGGACAGAUCCCGAUUCAGGAAGUAGGAGAGAAGAUAAUGGUGCCAUUAUAGCAGGAAGGCUACCUCAUUCACAGUACAGUCCCCCUUCACCACCCCCUGCACCAGCAACUACUCUUCACACAGAAGACCUGUUUUCUACUCACCUGGGUCAUGCAAGCACUUCUCAGACAAGGCUAGAUUCUGAUUCUCCAGUAAUCAUCCCUGGCACAGCUGCAGGAUCUGGGCUGGCAUCAACUCAAAAAUUGCCCAUGGCAAAAGUAAUAACAUCGGCUCAACCGAAAGCAGGGAGAACAAUCACUGCUCGAAUCACAGGCAGAUCUGAUAUGGGACAAAAACACAGAAUUUGUGGUAGUUUAGCAGUGAUGGGAGUUGCUCCGCCCAUGAGUUCGGUCAUUGUUGAAAAACAUCAUCCAGUCACUCAGCAAACCAUAUCUCAAGCCACUGCUGCUAAAUAUCCUCGAACUGUGUUCCUUACUUCCGGUUCUACAACUGUGAGACCUGCAGGACAAGUUGGGCGAAUGCUUCAGAGCCAAACUCAUACCAGCGUUCAGUCAAUAAAAGUUGUUGACUGAGUAAAUAUCUUUCACUGGUGGAGGUUUUUAUCAAGAUAUGUAAUUUAAACCUCUUCCCAGUCUUUUCAAAGCUUGACGUAGCAAGACCUAAAGUGUGUAUCAUGUUUUCAGCCCUUUUAACAAAAAAAGUGUUUGCGGAAAGCAUCUGGAGGGGAAAAUGACCUUGAAAUGUUAUUCUACCUCCUAUUUGAAAACUUGAUUAUUAAGAUAAACACUUUAUUUAAAUAAAGAAUCUUUUGCACAUUUUCAAAUAAAGGAUAAAAUAUGA